CGCAGGCCUGGGCCUGCUCUGCGAGAUGUCCAUCGCGGAGCUGCGUGAGCGGCUGCAGCUGCUGCGUGAAGAACUGGAGGAGGAGCUGCAGCUGCGGCAGCGGCGGGCGAGAGAGCAGCGCCACGACCACGACGCCCUGCUGCAGCACACGCAGCGCUUCGUGCAGCAGCGCCGCUCCGAGUUGAGAUCCGCACCGAAACCACAGAAGCAGGAGCUGAAAGUUCCAGACACAGAAGAACUAGAAGCACUGAGGAAGAAACUAGCAGAGAAACGUGAGCUGCGAAAGAAAAUGGAAGCUGCAGAGAAACUUAGCAGUACCACCUCGUCCUCGGCACACAGUGCCGAAGAACAGAGUUGUUCUCAAAUUGAAGAACGGAGUUAUUCUCAAAUUCAGCUGGAAGUAAAUAGUACUCAUGCCUGAAAUUUUUUUCAGCAUCUUAGUGCUUUGUGACUGGCGAUCACAAAAAUAUGGAGAAAGAAUUAUGCCGAAUAUUCCAACACAUCACCUUUGUUCCGUUAAGGCUGUACUCCUAAACAACAUUUGCAAAGUUAUCAAAAUUGUGGUAACCAUAGUCAGUGAUUAAAGAG